AUGCGCACAUGUUCGGUUUUGAUCUGUUUUUCAAUCAUUUUUCAAAUACUCAAUGUUGUCGAAUCACAACUUACUUAUCGGGUAGGUUACUGUAGGUUUGGGGAAGGGGGGUUUGGAAAUUCGGAUUUUUGGACUGAUGUUGAGAAAAAUUAUGAUUUAAAAAGAUCUGAUUGAAAAACAACAUUAAAUUUUUGCCUUUCCGCAGCGUAAAUAACAAUUAAAAAAAAAAUUCAAAACGUAAGAGUGUUAAUUUCCUGAGUUUUUUUUUUGUCACAUUUUAAAAUUAACUAAUUUCGGAAGUAAAUUCAAAAUUUUCUCCCAUUUUUCAUUGUCAGGUCACAUUCAAGUUGUUCAAGUAAUUUCAUUCUAUUCUAUUUUACAGAAACCCGAACCAAGCACCGAUUUAAAUCGACGACAAACUCAAAAUCGAGCAAGAAAAUCUGAAAGUUAUGAUCAUGUUAGAGAUAUUGUAAGUCCACUUUCCCAACAUUUCAACAAACUUUUUUUUCUUAAAAUAGAUUGAUAAUGGUAUAGUCAAUGAAGAUCUUCGUGUUUAUACAUCUGAAUUUGCUCGAAAAGUUCGCGAUGAUGAAAAAGUGAAUCAUGGUCGAGACAAAAUGAAAUAUCAACAAUACGAUUAUGAUUAUCCAAUUCAUCAAUUAUGUGAAGAAGAAAAAUCAGGUCAAAGGGAAACUGAUACAUUGGAUUGGUAAGGGAACAAAUAUAUAUUAUAUUGAAAACUAGCAAUCUGAAAUAUUAUAGGACCGAAUCCGGUGAUCGUCUUCUCAAAAUAAUUGGCAACGGUGUAGUAGAAAACGGGUAUAAUAUGUUUAUGGCACCCGGUCAAUCAAGAAAAAAACAAACUGAUGUUCAUGUUGCCAUUUAUAUUGAAUCAAUGGGUUCAUUCAAAGCUCAAUCUAUGGUAACUUGAACCAUUUUUUUUGGAAGUUCAGAAAAUAAAAUUGAGAUUUUUUGUAGGACUUCGAGGUAGAUAUGUAUUUGGCAAUGGGUUGGUUUGAUCGCCGACUUGCUCAUAAUUGUACACAUCCUAUUUUGGUCACUAAUAAGGUUUGAUUUUUUGGGAGAUUUUCAAUUGGAACUGAAGAAUUUUCUCGAUCCAGUUCUUAGGCUCCAACAAAAAAAUAUUUUUUUUCAGCAUAUUGCUGAUCGAAUGUGGUAUCCCGAUUUAUAUUUUGUUAAUUCAAAAUAUGCAUAUUUGCAAGAAGUAACAACUCCAAAUCUUCUUGUUGUUGUUUAUCCCGAUGGUUUAAUUUUCAAAUCAAUGAGACUUGAUGUCACAUUAUCUUGUAUGAUGGAUCUGAAAUAUUUUCCAUUGGAUACUCAGGAAUGUCCACUAACCAUUCAAUCUUGUAAGUUUUUGUAACUCUGAAGUUAGAGUGAAAAUUGUAUUAUUUCAAUAAAGGAAAAUAAAGGGAGGUCCACGUGGAUUUCUUUUAAAUUUAUUCUGUUUGGAAAAUAAAUCACAUAACUUUCAGUUGCCUACAUCGAACAAAUUGUAAAUGUGACAUGGCGUGAAGAUAAUCCAAAUUUUCCGAUAACUUGGAAUGCAGAUAUAAAGGUUAGUUGGUUUUUUUGUUUUCAAAAAACGUUCACAUCUAAAAAUUGACUUUUUUUUUGAUUUACAGAAGGUAAAAUUCCAAGUUCAGGCAAAAAUAAGUUUAUCAGAUGUUUAUCUUAACUUUAUGGUUAGGAAUGAAAUAUAAUCGCAUGAGAUUUUUCUGAAUUUGUACUUUAUUCUUUACAUACACUAAUUUUCAGAAAAGUUUUAUCCUCACUGUUUUUUGUUUUUUUUUAGAGAAUGAAAAAUAUGAUGAAAAUCUGAAUUAUUCUUCUUAAUCUAUUUAAUUUUCAGUUGAAUGAUAUGGAACUUAUGAGAAGUCGAUAUAUAAAAUGUCCAGGACCAUAUCCAAUGUUUCGAGGAGAAGGAACAUGGAGUUGUAUAAGAGGAUAUAUUAUUAUGAAACGUUUGGUACUUUUUCAUAUAAUUCAAACAUAUAUUCCAACUGCAAUGUUAGUUUCAAUUUCUUGGAUGUCAUUUUGGUUGGAUCCUCGAGCAAGUCCAGCAAGAAUAUCACUUACAAUUACAACACUUCUUACUUUAACUACAAUGAGUAAUGGUGCAAGACAAGAUCUUCCCCAAGUGUCUUAUAUAAAAGCAUUGGAUGUUUGGCUAACUUUUUCGCAAGCAUUGAUUUUUUUGGUACUUUUGGAAUAUUCAUUUGUUUCAUAUUAUAUGACUAAGAGAACAUCAAAUUGUCAUCAUCGAUCACCAUUUUAUGAAGAAAGAAUUCAAGAAGUUUCAAAAAGAGCAAAUGAUUCAAAUGAUUUGAAAUGUAGAAAAUCUCCCAAGUUAGCUCAUUUGAAUGAAGCAAUGACAACUGAUUUAAAUCGAAAUCCAACAAAAGCAAAAUCAUUUUCAAUAACUCAUGGAAUAUCAGCUUGUUUAAAUGAAAGUGCUGCAUUGGUAUCAAGUGUGAAUCCAAGAAUGUUCAAUAAAUUUGAUAAUCAUAAUAAACCAUGUGCAAGAUGUGCAGAGAAAAAUGAGAAAAUUGCUUUUAUGAUUGAUGAACGUGAGUUAAAUUGUGAGUUAAAAUUUUGAUCGAAACAUGGUUUUUUUGCAGAUAGUCGAUGGUUAUUUCCAGCUGUUUUCACAAUAUUUUGUGGUUCAUAUUGGAUAUAUUAUUCAACUAUUCCAAAAUAUGUUCAAACAAAUUGA